AUGGGCGCCCACGCCGACUCUGGUGCCGCCAUCUAUGAUGCGGCGCUGUCUCGUCGCCAGGCCCUCAUGGGCUCCAGUGGAGCGCGUGCUUUGUUCAAAAACUUUCGCGUCUUCAGUCUAGCUGCCUUUGCUUGCAUCGGUGGUGUUCUGUAUGGCUACAACCAGGGCAUGUUCUCUGGCGUUCUUGCCAUGCCAUCAUUCAAACAGCACAUGGGAGAAUACGAUCCUUUUGACGCCAAUGCCAGCCAGACCAAGAAGGGUUGGCUGACGGCCAUUCUCGAACUUGGUGCCUGGUUUGGAACCCUGUUCUCCGGUUUCCUCGCCGAGACAAUCUCUCGUAAAUACGGAAUCAUUGUUGCCUGCUGCAUUUUCAUUAUCGGUGUUAUUGUCCAGGCCUGCGCCAUCGAUGCCGGUCCCAGUGCCAUUCUUGGAGGUCGAUUCGUCACCGGUAUUGGUGUUGGAAGCUUGUCUAUGAUUGUGCCAAUCUACAACUCUGAAGUGGCUCCUCCCGAGGUUCGAGGUGCUCUUGUCGCCCUCCAGCAGUUUGCCAUUUGCUUCGGUAUCAUGGUCUCCUUCUGGAUUGACUAUGGCACCAACUACAUCGGCGGCACCACUCUCGGCCACCAGAGCGAGGCUGCCUGGCUUGUGCCCGUCUGCCUUCAGAUCUUCCCCUGUCUCCUCCUCCUCGGAGGCAUGAUCUUCAUGCCCUUCUCGCCCCGUUGGCUUAUCCACCACGACCGCGAAGAGGAAGCCAAGAGAAUCCUGUCUACCCUCCGAGGCCUUCCCAUCGACCACGAGCUCGUUGAGCUGGAGUUUUUGGAAAUCAAGGCCCAGUCUCUGUUUGAAAAGCGAAGCAUUGCCGAGCAGUUCCCCCACCUCCGCGAGCAGACAGUCUGGAACAACUUCCUGCUUCAGUUCGUUGCCAUCAAGUCUCUUUUCACAAAGAAGAGCAUGUUGAAGCGCUGCAUGGUUGCCAGUGUUACCAUGUUCUUCCAACAGUGGACAGGAAUCAACGCUGUGCUCUAUUACGCCCCUACCAUCUUCCAGCAGCUAGGUCAGACCGACAACACCGUUUCUCUGCUGGCAACUGGUGUGGUUGGCAUCGUCAUGUUUGUCGCAACUGCUCCCGCCGUGCUGUGGAUUGACCGAAUUGGACGCAAGCCAGUCCUCAUUGUCGGUGCUAUCGGUAUGGCUACUUGCCACAUCAUCAUUGCCAUCCUCUUCGCCAAGAACUCCGAUAACUGGCCCGAGCACAAGGCCGCCGGUUGGGCCGCCGUUGCCAUGGUCUGGCUCUUUGUUGUCCACUUUGGUUACAGUUGGGGACCUUGUGCCUGGAUUAUUGUGGCCGAAAUUUGGCCAUUGAGCUCUCGACCUUAUGGUGUUUCCUUGGGAGCAUCCAGCAACUGGAUGAACAACUUUAUAAUCGGACAGGUUACUCCCGACAUGUUGCAAGGCAUCACCUACGGUACUUAUAUUCUAUUCGGAAUACUUACGUAUCUCGGUGCCGCUUUCGUCUACUUCUUCGUCCCCGAGACCAAGCGUCUUACCCUGGAGGAAAUGGACAUUGUCUUUGGCAGCGAAGGUGCCGCACGCGCAGACUUUGAGCGCAUGGAGGAGAUUAACAACGAGAUUGGUCUUACCGCCAUGGUUUACCGGUCCAAUCCUGAUGAGAUUGUGACUGUCGAGGCUGAGAAGGCUUAG